UUCCCACGAAGAACGUGAGGUCCACCCACACUUUCACUCGUGCCACGCAAGUCCACCCUACAAAGAUCACUGCAGCUCCGGCGCAAGCACGAUUGAUGACCCUUCCGAUGAUUGACCUUUGCCGCGACCGUCGCCGGCGUAUCACGAGUGUCAAACGUGGAUGCACCGCCACUUUUCCCUCAACCUCUGGUCUUACGAGAAAGAACAUUGCGCGCCUUCUCAACGGCAGGAAUACCAUCGACCCUCGCAGCCGAAAGGGAAAUGAUACACAGUUCGGCUCUAGGAACACCCUCUUCACCCCUAUCUGGGCGAAAUUCUCAAUGCAAUGGGAUAGUGCGGCUAUGUUUACAUCAAGAAGCGCUGCUCAAUCCGCUUGAAUCACUUUCUGCGAAUCCGAAUCGAAAACAUCGCCAUGACUACCCGACUGAAGCCCAGUUUUGAAGAAAUCAAAGGUUACGCCGCAAAGAAGACUGGGAACAUCAUUCCCGUUUUCCGUAGCAUAUCGGCUGACCUACUUACCCCAGUAUCCGCGUAUCUGCGUCUGUCCACCACAUCCAACUACUCCUUCCUCUUUGAAUCCGUUACCGGAGGGGAGAAAAUUUCCCGAUACUCCUUUCUCGGUGCCAACCCGUUCAAAGUCAUCCGAACCGGCGACAACGAGAACAUCAAGGGCGACCCACUGAUCGUCAUCGAAAGCGAAUUGAACAGCGUAAAGUACGUGGACGUACCCGAAUUGCCCGAGUUCACCGGUGGUGCCAUCGGAUACAUUUCAUACGACUGUGUGCGAUACUUUGAGCCCCGUACAGCUCGAGCCGACAUUCGCGAUCCGUUCGGAAUUCCCGACUCUGUGCUUAUGUUCUGCGACACCAUUGUCAUCUUUGACCAUCUCCACCAUCUGAUCAAAGUGGUGAGUCAUUUCCGAGUGGACAACACCGAAGGUCCCGCAGACGAAGACUCCUUCGAGCGAGAGUAUCAACGCGUCACGUCAGAGAUCGAGAAAGUCGUUGAAAUCCUGCGCGACGAGCACAUCCCCACCCCAAACCAACCCCCCAUCAUUCUGGGCGAGCAAGCCGAGUCGAACGUCGGACAGGCCGGCUACGAAAAUUUCGUGCACAAACUGAAGCAUCACAUCAACGAAGGCGAUAUCAUCCAAGCCGUCCCAUCCCAACGCAUGAGGAAGAAGACAACCCUGCACCCCUUCAACGCCUACCGCACCCUCCGCAGCGUCAACCCUUCCCCCUACAUGUUCUACGUUGACGUGAAAGACUUCCAGAUCGUCGGCGCAUCACCGGAGAUGCUCGUCAAAGUCGAGAAAGGAACCGUAUAUACCCACCCCAUUGCGGGAACACGCAAGCGCGGGAAGACACCGGCGGAAGACGAAGCCCUCGCCGCGGAUUUACUCUCGGAUAUCAAGGAACGCUCCGAACAUAUCAUGUUGGUCGAUCUCGGCCGAAACGAUGUCAACCGGAUAUGUGAUCCCUCAACAGUGAAAGUCGAUUCAUUGAUGCACAUUGAGCGAUACUCCCACGUCAUGCAUAUCGUGUCCAACGUCUCUGGUCAGCUUCGUGAAGGGAAGACUCCCUACGACGCCUUCAGAUCCAUUUUCCCCGCCGGAACAGUUUCGGGUGCGCCGAAAGUCAAGGCCAUGGAACUCAUCUACGAGCUCGAGCAAGAAAAACGCGGCAUCUACGCUGGCGCCGUCGGCUAUUUUGCAUACUCUGGGGGUAUGGAUACCGCCAUUGCGAUCCGAACGAUGCUGUUCAAGGACGGGUUCGUCUACCUCCAAGCUGGAGCGGGAAUUGUCUAUGACUCUGUUGCGACCAGCGAAUGGGAAGAAACCGUGAAUAAGCUGAAGUCGAACUUUACAGCGAUUGAGACCGCUGAGGCGUACUACCAGACCCUCCAAGUGGAGAAGAAACCACACACGGCCAUGCUCGAGCGCAUGUGGUCUGACAACAACAUCCAGAACCUCCACAGCGUCGGGUGAUCAUUGGAAAAAACAACGAAGAAACAAAUCUACGCCAAAAAAGAAAAUCGAUCACAAUGACUACGCUACUAAUCGAUAACUACGACUCCUUCACCUGGAACGUCUACCAGUUCCUUUCCGAACUCGGCGCCGACGUGGUCGUGCACAGGAACGACCAGAUC